AUGCGUGUUGUCAUGGUGACCAGCCCCUGUACCCCUUCCCCCCUCCUCUGGUUGGUCCAGCUUUUGUUGUGGUUUCACAACCAUGGACCUCAGCUGACAGAGGCAGCACCCCCCUGCCCCACCCUCUGUACCUGCUCCAAUCAGGCGAGCCGUGUCAUCUGUACAAGGAAGAGUUUAGAUCAAGUCCCCGACAGUAUUUCAGAGAACACAAGAUACCUCAAUCUACAAGAGAACACAAUUCAGGUGAUCAAGUCUGACACAUUUAAGCACCUGCGGCAUUUGGAAAUCCUCCAGCUCUCCAAGAACCACAUCCGGCAGAUUGAGGUGGGAGCUUUCAAUGGCCUCCCCAACCUCAACACACUUGAGCUUUUUGACAACCGUCUCACAGUGGUGCCGUCCCAAGCCUUUGAGUACCUCAGCAAGCUAAGGGAACUAUGGCUACGAAACAACCCCAUCGAGACACUGCCGGCAUUUGCCUUUCACCGGGUUCCCUCUUUACGCCGUCUCGAUCUAGGGGAACUCAGGAAGCUGGAUUUCAUCUCAGAGGCUGCUUUUGAAGGUCUGGUCAACUUGCGCUUCUUGAAUCUUGGCAUGUGUGGCUUGAAGGAUAUCCCUAACCUCACCCCACUGGUACGACUCGAGGAGUUGGAGCUGUCAGGGAACCAGCUGGGGAUAGUCAGGCCUGGAUCUUUCCAGGGCCUGGUGUCACUUCGCAAGCUGUGGCUAAUGCACUCCAGAGUGUCAGUUAUUGAACGCAAUGCUUUUGAUGACCUCAAAAACUUGGAGGAGCUCAACCUCUCCCACAAUUCCCUGCAUUCUCUGCCCCAUGACCUCUUCACCCCUUUGCACCAGUUGGAGAGGGUACACCUCAACCACAACCCCUGGGUGUGCAACUGUGAUGUUCUGUGGCUCAGCUGGUGGCUGAAAGAAACGGUUCCCAGCAACACCACAUGUUGCGCUCGCUGCCAUGCGCCCCCAGGCCUAAAGGGAAAGUACAUUGGGGAACUAGACCAGAGCCACUUUACCUGCUAUGCCCCAGUGAUCGUUGAGCCACCCACUGACCUCAAUGUCACCGAGGGCAUGGCCGCUGAGCUGAAAUGUCGCACUGGAACGUCGAUGACCUCCGUGAAUUGGUUCACUCCGAAUGGCACUCUGAUGACCCACGGAUCAUACCGAGUUAGGAUCUCAGUGCUUCAUGACGGAACGCUGAACUUCACGAAUGUGACCGUGCAAGACACUGGGCAGUACACUUGCAUGGUAACCAACUCUGCUGGAAACACCACUGCAACCGCCGUGCUCAAUGUGUCUGCUUCAGACCCCAGCAACAGCUACAGCUAUUUCACCACUGUCACUGUGGAAACAGUAGAGACAGUAAGAGGAGAUGAGGAGAACUCAGCAAGACAGUUUAUUAACGAGACCUUCAUAGAUUUUCCUAAUCCUACUGUUCAGAGAGGGGUGUUAGAGGGCCGACCUGGCAUCACUAUAUCGCCUUCUCUCUCCUCUCUUUCCUCACUGUCUCCACGGGCCAACAGAGCUACUGAAAACGCAGUGACUGUGUCCAUAAUGGAGGUAACUAACAUUCCAGGCCUGGAUGAUGUAAUGAAAACAACUAAGAUCAUCAUUGGUUGCUUCGUGGCCAUUACUUUUAUGGCAGCUGUAAUGUUGGUGGUCUUCUAUAAGCUCCGGAAGCAGCACCAGCUACACAAGCACCACGGCCCUGCCAGAGCUAUUGAAAUCGUCAAUGUGGAAGAUGAGAUCGGAGCCGGGGCAGGGAGUGGCAUCUCUGGUGGUUCAACAAUGAAAUCUGGUGGUGGUGGAGAGGGAACCCUAAGGAUACAUCAUCCAGAAAUAGUCAACCUUCCCAACAUUGGCCGUACAGAUACUCUCAACCAUUACUACAAGACCCAUCAUUUCAACAACAACGUGAUGGGUCUUAGUAUUGGCACCGAAGGGUUGGGACCAGGAGGGAUCCUUACUAAGAACCAGCAAGGCCAGGAUAUCCCCAUCUCCUGUACCUCGGUUCCAAUCUCUACAUCCAAUUUGCUCUCCUCAUCAGGCAAUGGCACCAACGCCAACCCCAGUUCUAUGUCCCCUCCGCUGCCGAUGUCUCUGCCCAUGCCUACUAUGGGCUUACAUGGAUCGAUCAAGGGUUUCAUGGGCCAAAACCAGAAUCCCCAAAUGGAGCCUCUCCUCUUCAAGGGGAGCUCGAAGGAAAACGUCCAAGAGACUCAGAUCUAA